CCCCGCGCCGCUCCUUCCGGCCGCCCCCCACGCACGAACUUCGUGCCCCCCCGAGUGGCUCCGCGGCGCCGCGACCCCCCCGGAGUCGCCCGACUCCCGCACGGCCGACCCCGCACCGCCCGCGGAGCAGCAGCAGCCGCUGGACCUGCGGCUGCCGGAGGCGCUGCGCCGGGACCCCGGCCGGGAGCCGAGCCUCGGUGCGGACCGCGAGCCGAGCGGAGACCCGGAGCGCGACCCCAGCCUGGAUCCCAGCCGGGACCCGAACCGCGAUGCGGACCGGGACUCCGCCUCGGAGGCAGCGUCGGGCUCCGCGCAGCGCGUCGGUGCUCAACCCCACGUCCAGCUCCUUCGAUGAGCAGCGCUGCGCCGCGCUGAGCCACCGCUACGUCACCCUGAUGGAGCGCCUGAAGCUGCUGGGGUACAACCCCGCCGUGCACCCCGCCUUGGCGGAGUCCUUGGUCAACACCUACGGCAUCCUCCGCGAGCUGCCCGAGCCCCCCGGCCCCCCGCCCGGCCCCGCUCUGCUGCGCCACGCGAUGCUGGCCGUGGUGCCCCCCACGCUGAGGGCCGACGCGCUGGUGCUGCUCGAGUGCCUGCGGGAAUUGGCGCGGGAGGACGGCAGGCCGCUCUUCCUGGCCUGAGCCAUUAAAGGGCGGCGACGCA